CGACAUAUGUGAAAGAUUACAUUUGGCGGUAAUGGAAAAUAUAAGAAUUCGUGGGUGGGGAUCGUUUUAUACAACAUCAACUGCGAAUAUAAUAAAUUCUAUAUUACAAAGAAAUAACGAUCAACAAACUAAUCAAGAAAUUUUAUUACAGUCGUGGUCACCAGCACCACAUGUUUGGAUUGUUCUCAAAAACGAUAAAGUAUAUCUUAUACGACAUAACCAUUUUAACGAUGUCGUUGCAUUAGAUAAAGAACUGUAUACAAGUAUGUUACUUAGGUGGCGACACGAAACUCGUCUUUCUAUGUUAAACGUGCAAUCGCAACCAGCAAAUCAGAAUACCAUUACGAAAAAAAUAGUGGAAAUUGGAACAUUUACCCCUAUUUUGGAAAAACUAUACAAAUUUUUAAUACACGAUUGUUGUACGUACCGUUUCUUGUUUAUAGAAUCAUAUAAAGCACCAAAAUUGCAUGUUGACGAAAAAAUAGUUUUGUUGUUACACUGUUUGUUAUCACACGAUUUAGGGUCUUGUAUGCCCGUCACAAAUGCACACGUAAAAAAAUUGGAAGACUCUAUUACGAUCCAAAGAGAAAUUUUACUAUCAAAUUUAUUUGGGACGGACGGAGACAAUAUUUGGUCUAAAGAAAUGAAAUCGGCAACAACUGGAAGUAAUUUAAAUGAAAAAUUUCUUAUGUGUACGAAGCCAUUAAAGUACGUAAACGAUGUGUUAAAUUCUUAUGACAAGAGUGGGUCUGUUACAUUUAAAAACACACCAUUGUCUCUUAUUGAGGUCACGUAUUGUAUCGACGAAUGGUUGUUGAGAAUGACGUAUAGACCUGUAUCGUAUAUGACAUGUUCUCUGAAUAUUGCGGACGACUUCCAUAAUUCAGAUCAUCGUGCGUUGCGUGCAAAUGUUGUGCAAACUGUGAUUACAAAACUACUACUGCAUAUAAAAACCGAUUCCUAUUAUUUUCGUACAUUACUAGAUGUCGGGGUUUUUUUAACUGGAGUUGACCCAUACGUCAUCACUAAAAACAUAAAUAAUUUAUACACUAUACCAUUAAAUAGGCAUUACGAACAUUUGGAUGACGAUCAUCGUAUCAAUAAUAUAUUAAAAGAAUCUAAAAAUUUAGACAUUUUAACUAUAUACACAGCUUUUAAAUUAAUCGAUUCUUUGUCAUAA